CCUAUAUCAUCCAGGCCAGAUGUGAGCUCCGAGUUACAGACAACUCGCCUCCAGAGAAGACUGUCACUUCUUGGAUCUGUACAUCCAACUCAACAGCAGACAUGAAUGCAAAAUACGUCCUGGCACUGAUCCUCGCUCUGCAGGUCUCUGUGAGCCUGUGUGAAAUUCCUGAUCCACCUCAGGAUCUUGUUGAAAAGUAUGAUCAAAUGAAAACCGUGUUCUACAAGAGGCUGCUGAAUGCUUAUGGCAAGCUGCAGGCCGCUGCCGCUCCUUUGGUGGAGAGGGUUGGUGACAGCGAGCGCGGUCAGGCUGCCAAAGACUACAUCGAGGACCUGCAAACCAAGCCUGAGUUCCAGGCCAUCGUCAAGGUUGCCACUGGCCUGGGUCAGGAGGCAGCUCCCCUGGUGGACAAGGCCCGCACAACAGUGCUGGGUCUGUACGGACACUACCUCCGCCCCCAAGUUGGCGAUUACCUGAGCGACGCCAUUGACAACAUCAAGGUGUACCUGGACAAAUUCAUGCCCGCUGAGACCAACUGAAACAAAACACCUGUCAACAGCCUGUAAUAGAUGAUAGCUCAUAGAAACUACACCAAUUUAGGCUGAGAAGAGCAAUGCACAAUGCAAAUACAAUCCUUUGCCUCUUUUCAAAUCAACAUCCUUGCCAAAUCGUGCAGAGUUAAAAGCAAGGCAAACAUGUCAACAUCAACUAUGCAAAUUGUGCAUGUACAGUAUUUUGUGUUUGGUACACUAACCAAAGUGUGAUUGUGUAUGUAUAUGUGUGAGUGUGUUCAUUAAAAUGAACUGGAAACUAC